AUGAUGGAGCAACGUCAGAAUUCGGUGUAUCCAUCGAACCUAACGGACUUCCUGACUGCCUCCGCGUACCAGCAGAACGUGGAACGUCUCUCGAACCUGACGGAAGACGACAACUAUGAGGCGGAGAAUCUCGACAGGUCUUCGUCGCCGGUAUCAGCGCUGGACGACGGAGACAGUAACCAUUCGGCUUUCGGCGUGGAUUUGACGGGAAAAUCCACGAAUUUGGGGGGGAAAUCUUUUACGAUAGCUGCCAUUUUGGGCUUGACGGGCCCUGAUGAGGACGUUAUGAACUUAAGCGUCCAGGAACGACUGCAGAAUCAGAGGAACCUGCACAAUUACCUGUACUCUGGUCACGAGGUGCAGAGACUGAAUGAAGGCUUCAGAGGCAUUGUGACCGGACCGACCGGGCUAAGACAAGACAGUCCCCGACCUGAAAUCCGGCAGCAGAUUGGCCAGAUGAAGAGCUCGAGGAGCCAUACCUUAUGUUCUACAAGCUCGGGCCGGAGUAAGAGGAUAAGAACAAUAUUCACUCCUGAGCAACUGGAACGGCUGGAGGCGGAAUUCGAGAGGCAACAGUACAUGGUCGGCCCCGAGAGGCUGUAUUUAGCGCAUGCUUUGCAUCUCACGGAAGCUCAGGUGAAGGUGUGGUUCCAAAAUCGGCGUAUAAAAUGGCGGAAGCACCAUCUGGAAGUGACGCAGCAACGGCUGGCCGUACUCCAGCGACACCACCACGACCAAGAGGAAGACGCUUAG